UUUUGUGUUUUAGAUUAAAACAAAAAUGGCUGAAGUUAACAAAUGGCGCACGAGUUUAAAUGAAAGUAGUUUUAGCAAAAAGAUUCGUGAAAACAACGCCAGGGAAUCACAAAAAAAUUGUCAGCUUGAAUCUAAAGGCCUGAUUGCUGUUAAUGACAAUGAUUUAUUUAUAUGGGAUAACGCAUCCUGUCAUCUUAUCAACUACAAUUUGCAAAAUUUGAACGAAUUUUCAGAGAGAAAGAGUCGAUUUCAGGUUCUUCUGUGUACUGACAGUCCAAGAUUUACUGUGGAUUGGUUGGUUUGGAACAUUACAAAAACACAUCUAGCUCUAUGGGGUCAACUUGGUGUCACAGUCAUAGAGCUGCCACAGAAAUGUGGAAAGUUUGCCGAGUUCCUUGGUGGUAAAGAUAAUGUUGCAUGCAAGAAUGUGACAAUAGGAGAAUAUUAUUUCUCCACUCAUCAGAAUGUACGACUCCUGCAGGUAUCAUGGCAUCCAGGCAGUACGACUGACACUCAUGUUGUCCUGCUCACAUCAGAUAAUCUAGUGAGUAUUUAUGACAUAAUGGAUCCAGAUCGUUCUGUACAGACAGUUUUCCUGGGAGACAGUGAGGUAUCAUACAGUUUAUCAUUAUCUCACCCCUCACCUAUCAGUGGAGCACUUGGUGACUGUGUCAUGAGCUUUGACUUUGGGCCUUCAGAGGUUGUAGAAAAAAAGUCAGGUUCAUAUAGGGCAAGCAAGAUGGACACAAGGACAGUUUGGCCGGUAUACUGUGUACGGGGCAAUGGUGAUGUAAUAAUAGCUUACACAGAUUUAUCUCAUAGCCCAUUGAAGUUACCAGUUCAAGGUCCACUGUUAAUGAAACCUCCAGCAGAAGAUAACUAUGGUACUGAUGCAUGCUCUAUUCUUUGUCUACAGACCACACCCACUGUUGUUGUCAUAACAACAUGUGAUGGCAGGCUCCAUCACUGUGUACUCUUACCUAAAGAUCUUAGUGAAAUGACAUUACAGAAAAUUCUACGUAGUCCUGACUUGUUUUACUAUCAGACACUGAGAAUAGUGGAAGCAUGCUUCGGAGGAUUCUUUCACCAGUUUCUCUUCCAGGAACCAUGUGCAUAUAGAUGUCCAGAUGAGAAGUUAAUGUAUGUUAAUGAAAGUGUUGAACUAGAACUGUCUCUCACUACACCAUCACUACAGGGAGCCCAGUCACUUGAUGAUAUAUUCACAUGUCCUUUGAGACUCAUUAAAGAUAUAUCAAGUCCUGAUAAAUACCACUGUGUGCAUGCUGCUGGUGUACAUACUGUUGUACUGCCUUGGGUCAAUAACCUUCAAAGAUUCUGCCUAGAUGAAGAGGAUGAGGAUAUGUUACCUUCACAUCAACAAUCUAUAGUGGAACAUCUUAUCUGUACCAAACCUCUUCCAAACAGUCCCCCAUCCCCUGUGUUAGGACUGUCACAAGUGAAGGAUACUACUAUAGGAACUAUAUUGAUAGCACUUACCAGUGACUAUGAUUUUCAAUGUUUACGAUUAGGUGACAUGAGGUAUAUAACUGCUGACUCAGGUUUACAGUCAACUUCUCGAGGUCAGGCCAUUCCAUCGCCCCUUAGAAAAAUUUCUAGGGAACCAUUUGAUGAAAGAAUCAGAAAAAUACUCCAAAAGAAAACUUCAAAUCCACUACUUAAAUCUGGAUCAAACACACAGAUGAGCCAGCAGGAAUGUUUUCAGCUUCUCAGCCGGGCAACACAAGUGUUUAGAGAAGAGUAUAUACAGAAACAAGACUUGGCUAGACAAGAAAUAGAGAGGAGAGUUGAUAUGUACAAGGUACAGAGAUCUCAACAAGAGGAUGAUAUACAGGAACUACAAGAAUCACGUAACAUACUCUCUAAUAAUGCUGAACAAUUAGCUGUAAGCUGUGAGGAGUGCAAGGAGAAAUCAGAGGAAAUACUGACCAGGAUAGAGAAUGUAAUGCGUAAACUGCAGGCCAGAAUACCAUUUUUAUCAGAAGCUGAGAGAUCAAUGAAGAGAGAACUGGAAAAUAUAGAGGAUAGAUUAGAAACAUAUCAACGUAGUUUAAAACAGUUGGAGGUAAAGAGAGAGUAUCAGGAAAGACAGAUUAAACAAAGUAGGAAAUGUAAUCAGCCAAGUCCUGUUAUCAAGGGAAAACAGAUGUCACAACUAAAAGAUGUCCUCAAACAAGAAGGCGAUGAAUUAGAAAACCUUAUGAGGAAAUUAAACCAGCUAAAGAUGGAUGCCAAUGUUAGAUAAUGGUUGGAAAAUAAAUAUAAAUUUGUGAUAUCAGCUUUAGUAGUAUCGGUGAAAUUUUGAUUCUACAAAUAGGCAAUAAAAUCAAAAUCUGAUUAGCUGACCAGUUAGAUUUGAUCGAUUUGAGAUAGAGAAGAUUCUUGUGAAAUUGAUGAGUGAAAUAUUACUAUAAUUAAUAUAUCGCUUGAACAUUUCUGAAAAUUUACUGUUGUUACAGUCUUACAAACGGUUGCGUAUUGUCCACUUUAUAUAAAAUAUACAAAACCUAUACUUUUAGGGAAGAUAAUGAACAAAUUUAUAAUAAAAUGAAUGCUCAAUCAAAAUGUUAGAAAAAUACCAUAAUAAAGAUAGAACUAGUGUACCUGUGAGGGAGAUAGGUAUACCAAUCUUGAAGGCAGGAAAAAGGUUUAAAUAAGUUAAUAGUUUGUAAGACAUGUGAUUAUGAGAAAUAUGUUAGUGUAAAAAAAAAUAUGAUAGAAAUGUGUUUUGACAAUUAUAUUGUGUACAGACUUCCAACAGACUUGCAAUGUGUUUUAAUGUGCAGAAAUUAUUAUAAUUCAGUAUACUGGAAGAAAUAUUAUUUUGGAACCAUGUACACUGAAAUUAUGUCUUUUCAGAUUAUGAAUAUUGAUAAACUUUGUCAAAGUUGUUGAGAAAUUACUAGCAUUUAUUCCUAGCAGAACUUUUUUACAGUAAUAUCAUGUAAAAAUUUUGAAAGAACUUUCAUAGAUUUUGGUUAGCAACAAAAAGGAAAUUAUGGUUUGUUAAUUUAACUUUGUUUGUAAAUAUUAAUGUUCAAUAAAACUUCAGACAAAUG